AUGAAUCGGUCAUCCUGCAAGUCCAAGGACGGAAGUCCCGCAUAUAAGAAGUUCGACGAUUUCAACAGACACAUUCGCAGACAGGCAGUCACAAAAGCAGCUGACAUGCAGUUCUUGGCGGUAGUGCUUCUGGCGGCCCUUGCUUGCGCUUCUCCAGUGGAGAAGCGAGAGGCGGACGCCGACCCUAGCCUCCCCUUCUACGGUCAGACUUAUGGCUACCCUAGCUACUACCGAGGCUACGGCUACCCAUACAGCUACUCCCACCCCCUCUACAAGAGGUCGGCUGAUCCUGAACCCGAUGCUGAUCCUUCCCUCCUGUACAAUUACUACCGCCCUUACUCUGCAGGUUAUGGCUACGUUCGCCCUUACACCUACGGCUAUCCCUACAGCCACGCCCACGCCCUCCACAAGAGGUCGGCCGAACCAGAAGCUGACGCCUCCGUUGUUCACCCGCACACUUACUCCUACACCCACGCCGCUCCUGUCGUCUCCUACGGCUAUCCCUACACCUACGGCUAUGGCUACCGCAGUGGCUAUGGAUUUAACUCUGAAGACACUUCGUCACUUGCUGCCGUUAUGAGUAUGGAUCUAAACUUCAUUCUUGGACCUCUUGAUGUCUGGAUGCAACAUGUGCCUUCGGGUUCUUCAAACAUUCUAUCUCAAUAAAUAAUAUGAUUUUUUAAA